AUGUCUGCCUUUCGCUUCCUUUUCGCCGCCUCCAUGGUCGCCCUGGCCCGUGGCCACAUGAAAAUGAACACCCCCCAGCCCUACGGCACGCCCGCCCUCGUCAACGGACCUCUUCACGCUGAUGGUUCCAACUUCCCUUGUCAGCUAACUGCUGGUGGCUCUUUCUCCGCCGGCGGCGCCUCAAACACCUACCCACUCGGCUCCGAGCAGGAGCUCAAGUUCACCGGCCAGGCCGUCCACGGCGGCGGUUCUUGCCAGGUGUCCAUCACCUACGACAGCAACCCCAGUGCUUCGAGCACAUGGAAGGUCAUCCGCUCCAUCGAGGGUGGCUGCCCCGCCCAGGGCCAGACGGGCAACAUGGGCGACAACGCCGAUGCGGCCGACCCCUACACCUACAACUUCACCGUCCCGGACAACAUCCCCACCGGCUCGGUCACCCUUGCCUGGACCUGGUUCAACAAGAUUGGCAACCGCGAAAUGUACAUGAACUGCGCGCCCGUCACCCUCACCGGCACCUCGGGCAGCAAGUCCAACUUUGACAGCCUCCCCGACAUGUUCGUCGCCAACGUCGGCAACGGCUGCGGCACCGUCGACAGCACCGACCUGCUCUUCCCUAACCCCGGCAAGGACGUUGUCUCCAUGAACGGCGCCACGUCGGCCUUCUCGACGCCUACGGGCACGGGCUGCCAGGCUGCUGGUGGUUCUCCCGCGGCUGGUGGUUCUGGUUCUGGCUCUGGCUCUGGCUCUGGCUCUGGCUCUGGCUCGGGUACCACUGCUGCUGCUGCCGGCAGCACCUCGGCUGCUGCUGCUGCUGGCGGUGUCUUUGUCACUGUCCCCACGUCUGGUGCUGCCGCCGGCGGUUCUGCUGCCACUACGAGUCCCGCUGCUGCCAAGUCCGGUGCUUCCACCACGACCACCAGCGCCACCUCGACCACCACUCUGCCUGCCGCCGCUGGCGGUGCUGGUGGUGGUGCCUCCAGCGCUGCCGCCCCCGCUUCGACUGCCGCGUCCUCCGGCUCGAGCACGACGUCGUCCACCUCUACUGGUUCCGCCGAGGCCGCCGGCUCCGCCUGCUCGCCCGACGGCACCUGGAACUGCCUGGGCAACUCGUACCAGCAGUGCGCCAGUGGUGUCUGGUCUGUCGUUAUGCCCCUGGCUCAGGGCACGACUUGCAAAGGUAGCCAGGGCUCUUCCAUUGACAUCGUGUCGGGCCGCAAGUCCCGCCGCGUUGCUCUGCGCUUCCGUGCGUAA